AAACAUGGAGGAGUAUGCCCGUGAGCCUUGGCUGCUGCUGGCCACGCCCCCAACUCAACGGUUACACUCGCACAUGAAAAUGGCUGAAAACACACGCGCACUUUUAAGGACGCACAUCUUUAAAAAGCAUUAAUAUGCCGCAGGUGUUUUCUAAAUGCCCCUGGAGGAUAGUGGAUGACUGUGGAGGGGCUUUCACCAUGGGUGCAAUCGGUGGAGGCGUUUUCCAAGCAGUGAAGGGCUUUCGAAACUCUCCGGCUGGUGUUGGACAUAGACUCAGAGGAAGUGUAAAUGCAGUGAGAGUCAGAGCUCCUCAGAUUGGAGGUAGCUUUGCUGUCUGGGGAGGCCUUUUCUCCACAAUCGACUGUGGUUUAGUUCGCCUGAGAGGAAAGGAGGAUCCGUGGAACUCCAUCACAAGUGGCGCCCUGACCGGCGCCAUCCUGGCAGCACGCAGUGGUCCGCUAACGAUGAUGGGCUCUGCAAUGAUGGGGGGAAUCCUGCUGGCGCUCAUUGAGGGCUUUGGUAUUCUCCUGACUAGAUACACAGCACAGCAGUUUCAAAACCCUUUGCCGUUUACGGAAGACCCCAGUCAGCUCCCUCCGAAGGACGGAGAGCAGCAGCAGCAGAAAACUAAGGGAUUGUUUCACUAGAUACCUUCUGCGGACACAGUGAGUCCCACCGCAGCGUAUCGGAGCGACAUCACUGCUAAGAGGACUUUGAAAAGUAGAUGCACUUUGUUGAAACACCUCAGGGUAAAAUGUUGUGAUUUAGUGUUUAAGAAUGAAUUUUGACAUGUAAGAAUCCUUCAGAUAAACAUUUUGUUGUCUUCUUGAGAACGUUUUGUUUGUUUUGUGUCAUUCCUGUAGUCUCUUCUCCUUAUGGAUUUAUUUAUGUGACAUAUUUAUGCUACAAAUAUUGCCUCUUUCUUGAAUUACUGAGCGUUCUCCAGCUGAUUUUAUUACUAUCCGGUUUUUAGUACAUUUACAGAGCUGACCUAUGAGUAAAAAACAUUUUACAGAUUAUCUGGAAAAAUAAAGUAGCAGCCUUUUUUUUUCAUUCAAGCAAAUACUGUGAAAGAUGCACAUUUUACAUGUGCAGCUUUCUGGCAUUUCACCAGGAAGCUUGUUCAGUAAUAUUCAAACAAACUUUACAGGAAAUUGGUUUGGAAAAUGCCAGAACAUUCUGCUGAGCGUUUUAUUUCUGCAGCUCAUGUUUCCAAAGGUCUGUGCUAAAUCUGGAGCGAGCAGACAGUGAGCUGCUCACACUUUAAACCGGAUCCGUUAACAUUUACAUUAACGAGCUGAUGUUAAUAGAGAAAAGUAUUAAUACCUUUUUUCUACAUUUUGUUAUGUUACAAACUUUAAUGCGCGACUAUUCUUUUUGAAAAGUAGCUCAAGUUCAGAGAGACUAAAACGAUCAAACCAACACGUCUUUACAACGGCAUUAGGGCCACGAUAAGACAAUAUAAAAACUAAAAUCAC